CGCCCUCCCCCAUCUGGGCCUUUGCACUGCAUGACUUGGUUGGUAGUUCCCUUGGCCGUCAGUAACUGGCUUGGGCAUGCUGCCACGCCCUGCCCAUUCUGGCCAACAUGCCCCUUAUCUCUCUGCCGCCUGGGCUGAUCAGGUUAGCGCCGGUGGCGCUGGGAUUGCAGGCCCCAGAGAAGGGCCCAGUAGCUACCAGGAAGUAAAUUGGGUUUGUUUCCCUGCUGUGUUUGGAGGGCGGUUUCCUGGGCCAAAGGGAGGAGGGGAGGGCCUGGGAGCUGAGUAGGGCAUUUCUGUGCCCACUGCCCUUGCCAUGCUCUCCCUGGGCCUGGAACCUCCUCCCCUUCCCUGGCCUCCCUCCUACCCCCGUGCCCUCUGCUGGGUGCUGCUCUGGGCAGGAGUCAGGCAACGGCUGGGCUGCGAAUGCUGCUUCCCCAGGCGGAGGAGUGGCUGGGCCCGCAGGGGCGGUGUCCUUGGAAGGUUGGACUCCACGCAGAAGGGCUCUGCAGCUCUGCUCCCCGUGUGCGGCGCAGAUGGAGUAUGUGGAUAUGAACAAGCUGAGCUGCGGGAAGAAGACGCGGGUGGAAGGCGGCCAGCUGGGGGGCGACGAAUGGACCCGCCACGGCAGCUUCGUCAAUAAGCCCACCCGCGGCUGGCUGCACCCCGACGACAAGGUCAUGGGCCCCGGCGUCUCCUACCUCGUGAGGUACAUGGGCUGCGUGGAAGUUCUGCAGUCCAUGCGGGCGCUGGAUUUCAACACCAGGACUCAGGUCACCAGGGAGGCGAUCAGCCUGGUGUGCGAGGCAGUGCCCGGUGCCAAAGGAGCCAUCCGGAGGAGGAAGCCCUGCGGCCGCUCACUGAACUCCAUCCUGGGCAAGAGCAACCUCAAAUUUGCCGGCAUGCCCAUCACCCUCACCAUCUCCACCAGCAGCCUCAACCUCAUGGCGUCCGACUGCAAACAGAUCAUCGCCAACCAUCACAUGCAGUCCAUCUCCUUCGCCUCAGGGGGGGACCCGGACACUGCAGAGUACGUUGCCUACGUUGCCAAAGACCCCGUCAAUCAGAGAGCCUGCCAUAUCCUGGAGUGCCCCGAGGGCCUGGCGCAGGACGUGAUCAGCACCAUUGGGCAGGCCUUUGAGCUGCGCUUCAAGCAGUACUUGAAAAACCCCCCAAAGCUCGUAACUCCCCAUGACAGGAUGGCUGGGUUCGACGGCUCGGCCUGGGACGAGGAGGAGGAAGAGCCAUCGGACCACCAGUACUACAACGACUUCCCCGGCAAAGAGCCACCCCUCGGGGGCGUGGUGGACAUGCGGCUGCGUGAUGGCGCCAGCGUGGCACAGGCACCCAAUCACCUGGGGGCAACGCUGCCUGCGGGCCAGAUGUCCAGCGCAGAACACGAGCCCCGGAAGCAGCACCCUCCUGCCCAAGGAAAGGAUAAAUACGCCCCCGGUGCCGGCCCAGCCCUCCGCACCGAUCUGUUUGACGACCCGUCCUACGUCAACGUGCAGAACCUGGACAGGUCGCGCCAGGCCUCUGCCGCCAGCAUCCCAGGCACGGCCAACGGCAGUGCCCAGCGAGACCUCUUCGACAUGAAGCCCUUCGAGGACGCCCUGCGUGUCCCGCCCACGGUGCCGGUGGGGCUGCCGCCGGCCCAGCUCCUGGCCUCCAUGGAGGAGCAGCUGCGGCGGGAGCCCUGGUACCACGGGAAGAUGAGCCGCAAGGAGGCGGAGAAGCUGCUGAAGGUGAACGGGGACUUCCUGGUGCGGGAGAGCACCACCACACCGGGCCAGUACGUGCUGACCGGGCUGCAGGGCGGGCAGCCCAAGCACCUGCUGCUGGUCGACCCCGAGGGAGUGGUGCGGACGAAGGAUCAUCGCUUUGAGAGCGUCAGUCACCUGAUCAGCUACCACAUGGACAAUCACCUGCCCAUCAUCUCGGCGGGCAGCGAGCUGUGCCUGCAGCAGCCCGUGGAGAGGAGACUGUGAGGCAUGGGUGGCCUCAGGGGAGCCCCCCAGGCCCUGCCCACUCUGGCCUGCUCAUCCCCUCUCUGCCAGCAGGGCUCUUGGACUGUUUCAGCCGCUGCUUCCCCAGGAGGCCCUGGGGCUCCCCGUCUCUCCACCAUGAGCUCAGACUCUCUGGGCUCACACCAGCCCCUCCGGAGACAGAGCAGAGGUGGAGGAGGCCAGGGGAGCCGGGACUGGGCAGAGGGCGGGGGCCUGUUUCUGCAUCCAGGGAGCUGCACCAGCCACAGCUCCACCUCUGCUAGCACCAAACUCCAGCCUGGGUGGCUGUGUGCACUGCUCCGAAGGCCAAUUGCAACCACACACACUCGCCCUCGCCCCGCGUUCAUCCCCCCCUCGGGCAGGGCAGGUGGGAGGGAGCCUGCCCUGACCGCCGAGCCUCUGUGAGGAAGGUGAGGGUCAAUCUUACUGGCUCAGAGACCUGCCUGUCUGGAGGUUGCGGAGCGUUCCUGGCCCUCGCCCUCCCCUAGAGGCAGCUCACCCCAGCAGGGAAGGGCUGGAAUCUCAUCUGCCAUUCCCCUGCAAUCCCUAGGGGUCAGCACCUAUGGGUGGUACCACCUGCGUGACCCCUUUGGGAGAGCCACCCGCACCACAGAGCAGCACCAUGGCUCCUGCUGCACAGAGCGAGAACAAGGGAGAUUUUCCCCAGAGGGCGGGAGUGGAGGCCCCCUGCCCUCCCCAGGUGAACCCGGCCCUCUGCUCUGCGAAGCACAAGGCUGGGCCGGCCGCACACCGAAUGUACCCGAUCACUUUACGUAUUAACUCUGUGCCUUGACCCUCCACAGGUCCCAGAUACUUAUGCAAAGCAGUUGGCCCUGGGGCGGGCUGGGGAGAGCAGUCCGCCCACCCUGGGAGCACAGCCCCUGUCCUCACGCAAGGCUCCCAGAGGCCACAGCCAGGCCUGGUCCCGCCCCAGCGUCCUGCUGGCUGGAAGCAGAGCUCAGGUGGCCCCUUCUGCAGCAGGCUGCUCACAGUCCCACUCCUCAUCCUGGAAGGCAACGCCCAGCCUGUGUCCGGGGGGGGCAUGGAUGGAAAUGAGAUGGGGCAAAUGGGGUUCUCCAUAGGAGGGCAAGAGCCCCUUGGUCCCCCUGUCCUUGGAGGGGAGCAGUGCUGUACACUAUGCCCUUCUGCCCCUUGGGCAGGGUAUGUCACAGCCAGUUCCCUGUACUCCAGCUCGGUCUGGGCCAACCACGCAGCCAAAGGAAGCACGUAGCACCCAACAAGAUUGCAGCCGGAAGGGGGGAACCAGAACUCCCCACCUCAGGGGACAAGUGGGCUGCUGAGGUCCCAGGGGGACAGGACAGCUGGCCUGAGCUCUGCUCCUUCUCCCCAGCCCGCGCUAAGCAGUGUCCGCCGGGAGCAGCUUUCCGGGCUCUGCUGUAGUGGCAGGUGAACCCUGUCCCUGCAGGGCAUGAAGCCUGCCCGCCACUGGGUCUGCACGGACUGUGGGGAUCCCACUGUUGCAUGCACAUUGUUAUACUCUGAAGCCAAAGUGUAACCCUCCCCUCACGCCUCCUGCUCCCCCCAGAGGAGUCAGCCUGGGCUCAGAGGGGGGAGGGUUUUGCUUUCUCCCCUCCCCCUUCUCUCUUUCUCCUUUACAUGGGUUUGAUUUGUUACCAGGUCUUGAUUAUACCAAAGGAAUCGGAUGGUUAUUAUUAAAGUUAGUAUUUCUUUAA